AGUAAUUCAAACCCGAGCGCCGGUUCGGCGCCCUAUUAUGGCAACUCAUACGGCGCCGGCCAUCCGGCCGAUGGCGGACAGCCCGAUGGCUACCGACCCUUUCACGGUCGUCCCAAAUUCCAUUGGCCUCCCAGUGACUACCCGUCCAACACCGCUGUCGGCGCCAAUGAUAGUAGAAAUAGCGUACACUUCAACUCUAAUACCACUGAUAAUAUAGUCGGCCCUCACAUCCGAAACAAUACCGGAGCUAAUCGUAGAGAAAGACCGAAAUCGUUUGGAGAAUAUUCCUCUCUAUACGCCACGACCGCCCACUCCUCUGCCCCCCACUCGGCCUCCACUCCCCCACAGACCUACUCUUACUCUUACACUUGCAAUACUUCAUCGCACGUACCGUACAGUCCCUACCGAUCGCCGGCCACCGUA